AUGGAUGCCGGUUCUACAUACGUAGCUGAUAGGACGCUGGAUGACAGUGAUAGCACCGACACUCCCGUCAGCGCUGAUGUUUCGGCAGACGCAUUUGUUGAUGUGCUCGAAACGGGUGUUGAGGAAGUAAUUUCGCUUGUCGACGGCGAUGCGGUGGCUAUUGUGAAAAUUGAAGUUUCCAGCGGAAGUUGA